AUGGCGGGCAUUUCGGAGGAUGAGCGUGUCUUGGAGCGUGCGCAUCGCAUGUGCGAAUUGGCCGUGUCACGAAAGGGGUCAUUUUUGCAUCGAUUGAGCAAAUUUCUUGUCGCAGUUGUGAAAUCGAAAAAAAGCACUUGCUCGGAAGUGCUUCGCUCGGCAGCAAUAUUAGCUUUAUCAAAAUUCAUGCUUUUAAGCAUGAAGACAUGUUUGCGCUAUAUGCCGUUGUUUUUGGAUUGCUUCAAGAAUUCGCCAAGUUCGGAAUGCCGUAGCAAUUUAAUGGUUGCAGUUGGUGAUUUGUGUUUCCGCUUUCCGAACGUGAUUGAGAAAUACAGUGAGGAUCUCUACCAUGGGAUCAAUGAUAAGGAUGAUUAUGUACGACAAACUUGUAUUAUCGUAAUGUCGUAUCUGAUGCUCAACGAUAUGGUUAAAGUGCGUGGUACGAUUGCCGAUCUUGCCCAGUGCACUAUUGAUAGCAAUGUCAAU